CACCACAGCGCCUCCUCAGAGCUCGGUGGUGUAGCUGUCAGCUCCACUCUGCGCGCUGCGGGCUGCUCUCCACUUGGUCGCUGUUGGCCACAGGUUGUGGAUGAGGACAGAGGUCCGCGCGAGCACGAUCUGCCCAGAAAACCGCCAUCAUUUAAAAGGACUCUGAGGUGAAGUUGAUGUUUCAUUCGGGGAGCCCUUCCCUCGACAUGAGGGACCGUACCUGACUUUGGAUAUUGAACACGGGCUGCCCGCUGCUAAAAGUUCAAUAUCCAUUUCCCCCCUCAGAGUUUCGGCGAACAGAAUUGGGCGCAAUUACGCACGGCGAGUAGCACCAUGGCACCGAUUUUGGACAGACGCGUCCCGGCGUUGCUCUUGGUGUGGAGCUACUGCGUGCUGGCGGACACAGCCUUCACGAACUUUACUUUGGACAACGAGUUCCACUCGAGUUUCAUCCACCGCCGGCUGAAGAGCCAGGAGCGCAGAGAGAUGCAGCGGGAGAUCCUGUCGAUCCUGGGGCUGCCGCACCGGCCGCGACCCCACCUCCACGGAAAGCACAACGCCGCCCCGAUGUUUAUGUUGGACUUGUACAACGCCAUGUCCAUAGAGGGGGACGAGGACAGAUACUCCUACCCCUACAAGCCCGUCUUCACCACGCAGGGGCCCCCGAUAGCGAGCCUGCAAGACAACAACUUCUUGAACGAUGCGGACAUGGUCAUGAGCUUUGUCAAUCUAGUGGAACAUGAUAAAGAGUUCCUGCCAGUGCGGCGGCAUCACAGAGAGUUCAGGUUCGACCUGUCGCGGAUCCCGGAGGGCGAGGCGGUCACCGCGGCGGAGUUCCGAAUAUACAAAGACUUCAUCCACGAACGUUUCGACAAUGAGACCUUUCGCAUCAGCGUCUACCAGGUGCUGGAGGAGCACUCAGACAGGGAGUCGGACCUGUUUCUGCUGGACUCGCGGGUGAUCUGGGCAGCAGAGGAGGGCUGGUUGGUGUUUGACGUGACAGCCACCAGCAACCACUGGGUCCUGAACCCUGGCAGGAACCUGGGUCUGCAGCUGGCCCUGGACAGCACGAAUGGAGAGAGCAUCAACCCUCGCGUGGCCGGGCUGAUCGGUCGCAGUGGGCCUCAGAAUAAACAGCCCUUCAUGGUGGCCUUCUUCAAAGCCACCGAGGUGCACCUGCGAAGCAUCCGCUCGGCGUCAGGGGGGGCCAAGCAACGCAACCCCAACCGCUCCAAAGGGGCCAAGAGCCAAGAGGCGCUCAGAGUGGCCAACGUUGCAGAAAACAGCAGUACGGAUCAGAAGCAGGCGUGUAAGAAGCACGAGCUCUACGUCAGUUUCAGAGAUUUGGGGUGGCAGGACUGGAUCAUCGCGCCGGAGGGAUACGCAGCGUACUAUUGCGAGGGAGAGUGCGCCUUCCCUCUGAACUCCUACAUGAACGCCACAAACCAUGCCAUUGUGCAAACCCUUGUUCAUUUUAUCAACCCGGAGACAGUCCCCAAGCCUUGCUGCGCCCCCACGCAGCUCCACGCCAUCUCAGUGCUCUACUUCGAUGACAGCUCCAACGUCAUCCUCAAGAAAUACCGCAACAUGGUGGUCAGAGCUUGUGGCUGCCACUAGACUGUCGGCGUCUUCACGCGGAGACACACACACACGCGCGCGCACACACAUAUGAAUAGAGAGGGCUUCCUUGCUGUUGAAAGCAUUUAAGAAUGAAUCAUGCGCGGAAGAGACUCGUUAACGUUUUCAAGGUUGACCUCGAUCGAGUGAACACACACACACACACACACACACACUCACGUUUGUGCUUUCUACUGUGUAUACAAGACAUUAAAAGCAGUGAUUGUACUGUAUAUUCAUUCACAGUCAACAAUCUUUUGUUUAUUUCAAUAAUUGUUAUUGUAGUUCAUUUUACUGUAGAUGUUAUAAUUAUUAUUGUUAUUAUUAUUAUUAUUAUAUAUAUAUUUUUAUGACUGAGAGACCCGGAUGGAUGUUCUUCCAUGUACAAUACUGUGUAAAUAUUUUUUUUUUUUUCAAACAAAGCUAGAAGUGUAUUUAUUUCCUGGAAUGUCACUUGGGUUUGUGUUUUUCUCCUCUGUAUGCAAUGCUGCCUGUUUUCUCUCCCCGAGACGGUCCACACGAGCUCUGAGGAAAUGAAAACAAAAAAUCUGACGGAAAACUACUUCGACACGAGUGUAAAUGCAUUUUUUCUCUGCGCCUUACACACACACACAAUGGCGGGAGGCAAAUCAUGACAACUUGGACCUGUGGAGAUGUCUGCAUAUUUCAUCAGUCGAAGCUGUUGCAUAUACCGACGCACAUUUUUCUUAUUUUCCGAAGCAGCAAUCAGCUGAACUGUCAGAGAGAGAGAGAGAGAGAGAGAGGGAGGGAGCUUUGUACCCAGCGUCUCGUUCCAUGUGCUCGACAUUUUCAGGUUUAUAUUCCUCUGCUGUAAUACAAUCUGUCAUAUUUAAAAAAAUAAAAAAAGGUCUAUUUAUUGA